UUAUUCUUUUUUUUUUUAAUGAAAAUAAAAGUUAAUAAAUGGAGAGUGUUAAUAAAACUGGGUAGCACAAUCAUAAAGAGUAUCUCCUAGCCGUUACUCAAAAAUCAAAUCUGGCGCCCUAUUUUGUUAGCCCAGCUCAACUAUAUAAAAAACCAAAGAGGUUUCCCCUUCAUUCUACACUUGAUAUUCUUUGCCCUUACUCAAUAUUCAAAUUCCUCUCUCUAUCGCGCCCAAUUUUCUUAGCUCAAUCAUAAAAACCAAAGAGGGUUUCCCCUUCAUUCUACACUUGAUAUUCUUUGCCCUUACUCAAUAUUCAAAUUCCUCUCUCUAUCGCGCCCAAUUUUCUUAGCUCAAUCAUAAAAACCAAAGAGGGUUUCCCCUUCAUUCUACACUUGAUAUUCUUUGCCCUUACUCAAUAUUCAAAUUCCUCUCUCUAUCGCGCCCAAUUUUCUUAGCUCAAUCAUAAAAACCAAAGAGGGUUUCCCCUUCAUUCUACACUUGAUAUUCUUUGCCCUUACUCAAUAUUCAAAUUCCUCUCUCUAUCGCGCCCAAUUUUCUUAGCUCAAUCAUAAAAACCAAAGAGGGUUUCCCCUUCAUUCUACACUUGAUAUUCUUUGCCCUUACUCAAUAUUCAAAUUCCUCUCUCUAUCGCGCCCAAUUUUCUUAGCUCAAUCAUAAAAACCAAAGAGGGUUUCCCCUUCAUUCUACACUUGAUAUUCUUUGCCCUUACUCAAUAUUCAAAUUCCUCUCUCUAUCGCGCCCAAUUUUCUUAGCUCAAUCAUAAAAACCAAAGAGGUUUCCCUUUUCACUCUAUCCUUGAUAUUUUCAAUUCAAAUUCUUCACUGAUUGCAGAUAGACUAUAGGUACUAUGGGUAAGAGAAGUUUGGAAGAGGGAGAAGAACAACAACAACAAAAAAAACAAAAACAACAAAAAAAACCCUCUAAUAUGCUUGUCAGUUUCUCUAAGAGACGAGAUGGGCUUUUCAAGAAGGCGAGUGAGUUGUGCGUCAAGUGCGGCGCUCAAAUCGCCAUUGUCAUCUUAUCACCAGCGGGAAUUCCUCAUGCUUUCGGUCACACGUCAGUGGAUGAAGUUCUCCAACACUACCUUCAUCAAACUACAAUCAUUCCCCGUUGCCUCACUGAUGAACACAAACACCAAAACCGGAGAAUUGAAGGUCUCAAGUACAGCCGAAAGCAAGAGCGGAAACUAGAGAGUAUGGAUGAGGAAAGUAAGGUGGUGAUGGGACUCAAGCAUUGGAUUGAGAAUGAGGUUGAAGAUGAUUGUAAGACUAGUACUGAUGUGGAAGAGUUGGAGUUUUUGAAGCAAAAAUAUUUGGUAUUGCUUGACCAAAUUAAUCAGAGAAUAUUGGGAUAUGAUAGCUCUACUUGGUCUGUGGAAAGUGGAAAAGAAGUUGUUACUAGUAGUGGCUGCACUCCUUUUAGUAUUGAAGAAGUUAUUACUAGUAGUAGCAGCAAUCCUUUUACUACUGAAGAAGUUAUUACUAGUAGUGGCAACACUCCUUUUAGUACUGAGGAAGAGUAUUUUGACUUUGACUUUGACACCACUUCUUUUGAGGAAGAGUUUGGUAUUUCCUUGGCUGAUUUAUGGUCUUGAGAGAAAAAAGUCUUGUAUUGAUUAUAGUUAAACAAUAUAGCUAGCUUAAGGUGGGGUAUAUGUCUAUAUGAGAUUAGGAUAUUCAUGAGUCGGAAUGUUACUAAUGCAGUAACAUAUUUUGAGUUAUAAAUGUAUGUUCAUUCUUUGUUUUCAUUAAAUUUGUAAUUUUCAUGCCUUUAAAUGGAAAUAAAAUAGAACCUUUAUCAAUAGAACUAAGAAAUUAUACUUGAGAA